GUAUUGUGAUACGAAAAGAAUUGGGAGCACUUGUGUGUUUAGAAGUUACCAAUGCUGUAGUGUUGUAUGUUGAAACAUGCAUAGUAAGUCCACAAAUCUAAAAACAAACACAGACUUCCCUUGGAGUAGGCCAAUCUGUCGCGAAUUUUGGAAAUAUGUUCCGGAGUGUUGAUUGGCGAAGAGGCGUUGACUGUUCGCGUAAUUAGAUUGGGAACUUUUGCAAACUCGCAGUUUUAGUGAGGAUAUCGACUCAACUCCCUCGCGUUUCGAAGAAAGUUCCUCACUUCUCGAAGUGUCAUCUUCUCUGCAAGGCUUCCAGCACAUGUCAUCUAACCACGUCUUGCAUAGUGAUUCACGAUGGGACUCAUCGCCGCAUUUUAGCAUUACAAUGGCGCGAAAAUGGCCUCCAACCAAUAGCCAACUUUUCACAUGAAUAGAAAGAGAACUGUGUGUGCAAUCUAUAUCCACGAUGGGUAGCCAGGAUUAUAUCCGUCCGCACGCAAUUUCUCUCAAGUUGUUCCUCUCGUGACUGGAGACCAUUCGUGCUUACUCGAUACCUACUGUCGAGUUCCCAUCCCCUCAGUUGUGAUUCCUGCCUGUCACAACCUUCACGUCGGGUCGAUAGAGGCGAAAGGCGCGUCCUGCCCUCCUCCGUCCAGGACCUACUCUCCCUCAGGAGGACAAUUGACGGCGGACAUUGUUGGUUAAGAGAAGCGUCCCGGUUGGUUAGCCACGGAUCAAACAGUCCUCGCUCUGUGCCCAAGUAUAGUAGCACUUGCCAUUUGGAUAUCUACAGACCGCCAUGGAACCAAUACCUGCAGCAGAACCAGUCAAGCCGAACAUGUCUCACUCCAGUAAGCUCACAGAAGAAGGGGCUAUCGACAUGUCAGAGGCCAGCAAGGCAGAACAAAUGGAGACCCAUCAGUAUCAACCGCACGCAGUAUACGUUGCUGCCGAUGUUAACAGUAACGUUCAGAAGGUUCGCUAUACUGAGUUAGAAAGUGAAGAGGCACAUGCGCUUCAGGACACAGACAUGAACAGCAAUUUGAAAAAGGCCCCAUAUCAUGAACUGGAGACAAUAGGACAGCCGAUUAGCUUAAAGACAGAAACCCACCAUUUGGAGAAUGUACCUCAACACCUCAUCACACCACAGGGCUUCACAACCAACUUGAAAAAGGUGCUAGGAAUGGAAUUCGAUUCGUCAAAAUCGGUGAAAUCACAAGCAAUGGUUUACGGACUGGAUCCUUGUUUUCCAAACAUCCCCGGUUUUGCCCAGCAAGGUUGUUUUGCGCAGGAAGGCCAUGGGGGUGUCAACCAGCUCGGAGGGGUCUUCGUCAACGGGCGGCCCCUACCCGAUGUGGUCCGGCAGCGGAUUGUGGAGUUGGCCCACCAAGGGGUCCGGCCGUGUGACAUCUCAAGACAACUCAGAGUAUCACAUGGAUGCGUCAGCAAAAUAUUGGGAAGAUAUUAUGAAACGGGGUCUAUUAAACCCGGUGUGAUCGGUGGUUCAAAGCCCAAGGUGGCUACGCCGAAGGUUGUGAACGCCAUUGCUAAGUACAAGAGGGAGAACCCGACUAUGUUUGCCUGGGAGAUCCGGGACAGGCUGCUGGCUGAAGGGGUGUGUGACCAGGAGAACGUGCCUAGCGUCAGUUCCAUUAAUAGAAUUGUACGAAACAAAGCUGCCGAAAAGCAUAAACACAACCCAGGCUCCCCAAGCGGUAGUCCAGGCCUGCCACAGACGCCUACUCCCAUGGAUGCCUUACUAGCCCAGCAGAAAGCCGGCUCCUUCUCCGUCAGUGGAAUACUCGGGAUGCAUACUCCCAAUGGUGCUGCUGCCCCUGUCCAACAGUCCCCUACCGGCGAGAUGUCGAACAAGCGGAAGCGAGAACCGGAAGGUGUGACUAACGGCCACAGCGACACAGAGAACCAUAACAACAACAACAACACAAAUACGACGAACAACGAAGAGCGACGCCCGACGUCUGCGGAGGAAUUAGAACAACAAAUGUGGUAUCGACGACAAAUUAAAAUGAUCCGGACGUCGGAUGGUGAAGUGGCCGCCCCAAUGUCGGGCUCUUUCCCUAUGCAAUACUCUUCAGUCUCGGCCUACGUACCCUCAACCACAGCAGGCGACGCGAAAACACCAGUAAACUACAACGCCACGGUGCCAAAUAUGGCCGGAACGAUACAACAUAUGAACUCACCAAGCGGAACGAAUUCGGAACAGGCCAACUCAAACAGCGGACAUUACAGUCCUCCCAACAGUGGUACAUACACCUGCUUGACCACGGUUAGUGAGCAAGACGUCAAACCCGUCAUUUCGUCAGAUGGAUCUGUGCGAAUCGCGUCGGAACGCUAUGAUACCGAGACCAACAAUGACACCCCCUCCCCUGCUAAGGCCGAUACCCCUCAUUCGGCGAAUUCAGACUUUACGGAAUUGAAGCCAGUCAACACGCCGUCAUAUUCCAAUGUUUCUGCAUUCCCUCAGUUUUCAUCAAAUACGACGCCGUACGCAAACCCCGCACACGCCGCAUAUCCUAACCAAGUGGGCAGUAUUGUACCCCAAAUCAUGAUCCCAUCGUCGGGGUACCAGACGACAGGAAUGCCUAGUAGCGAAUACUCAUCGUACCCCAGUGGUUACACGGCUCAGUACAGCUCAAGCCCAUACGCAGAUCCAGCCUGGUCAGCAGUACGAUACGCACCGUCUAGUGGACUUUUAAAUCCUCCUUAUUACCUCACUCACAGUCACGGCGCCCCCUCACGGUCGGGAGAACCAGCCUCAGUUGCCACUUCGUCAUACAAGGCAGAGCGGUGUUAGUAUUCUCGGAAAAAUCUAAAGACUAUUUAUAGGAACAAUAUGGCGGAACGCGGCGGCCAUUUUGAAUCGUGUGGAUUCGUAUGCGCGUCCGAAAGGUUGACUCUAUCUUAAUGGUUAGGGCAAAAACUUUUCAAAAGCAAUACUCGGCCCUGACCAUCAGUAUUUGUAAUCGAGGUGGCGGUUACACUAACAAAGUGAAACAUUAGUGCAAACUACAGAUAACUAGUAUUUCUCUCACGUGUGUCGAAAAGGAACACAAGUAGGAAAUGUAACGUGUCGACUUCAUUGGACCUUCAAGAUUAGAUUAUUUAGUCGCUGUUACUAUAAACCGCCAAAUUUUUGCGGUGCUUUUAUUUUCGUGGAUUUCGCCAAAAAAAUUAAUUCAGGAAAAUAAAAAUCGCCAAAAAAAGUUUUUCAUUAGAAAAAAACAAUAAAUUUCUUCGUAAUCCGCCAAACAAAAAUUGUGAAAAUAUCAGAAUUUUUUGCGAGGCGCGAUCAUUUGGCGUUUUAUAGUCUUUGCCAAAUUUUAUGACAAACUGUGUCAGAUAGUCCUUUUAACAAUAUACAUGUAGGUAGCUUUUCCCAGUUGAGGAAAAUUAACAUUCCUAGUAGCUUUCAAGUGAGAUAUUUGAAUGGAACCUGAUGAAUGAUACAGAAGGAUGGGGGGGGGGAUAUGUGUUUGAUUAUCAUCCUCAAAAGCUUUGGCGUUACAUGUAUUAUAGAAUGCUUUCUAUCCUCAUUUGGUUUUGGUUUGAGUUGGUGAUAUUUCAUCGGCCAGAUCGACCGUGUCAUCUAAAAUAUAAGUUACUUGACAGAAAAUUAAUUGAUUUUCCAAAUCAAAUCACCGUCACAAUACAUUUUUUUCUGUGGAGCAGUCGUGUGUGUACUCUCGUGUGUGGUAAGCGUCACGCAUGAUGCGUUCCCACGAAUAUGGCAGCGGCAUCGCACGACUGAAUGCCUAUGGAGCGCCAACGGUGGAGAACCAGUGCAUCCCCUUCUUUGGAAGCACUUAGAGCAGUUCGUUGCACAUGGCCAGCCGUGCUUUUUUCUAAACCUUAAGAAAGAUGUAACUGAUUGUUUACCUACAUAUGUUGCUGUCAAGAAGAUUUCUAUUUAUCAUCAAAACGACACUGAUCAUAAUCUGAUUGUGUAUUUUUUCUCAGAUCCUGUUACGUUUGUGUGAACCCAUAAAACUUAAUUCGGGCAUGAUGGUUGACCUUACCUCCGGCUGAAAGUCACCUAGAAGUUGUAAUGUUCAAGAGAAUAUACAUUGAUAUUGUUAAAAACCAAACGAAAAAAAAGAAAACAUAGUUGUCAAGUCGUUGAUGGGCCCCGACUUAAACAUUGCCGAAACCGAACUAGUUUCAACAGGUUUUAUGCAUCUAUUCUUAACCUAAUUCACUCAGCUUUCCUUAUGUUUUGGCUUAAUCAAUAUGACUAUGCGGUCAAAACUGCCCAGCAAAACUUUUCAUUUUGCUAAAGUUUAUCUACUCUGAAGUUUGUAGACCCAUGACAAAGUUCUGUUGGACACUGCAAAAAAUAUCACUCUAAAUUUCUAAACAUGUAUUUUUAUAUAGUUGAGUCAUUUCAUUUCAAUUUCGAUUGCAUCUUGCCACGUUUAAACAUGGAUUGUACUUCCUUGUGCAAUGAUUUCAACCUUCAAUUACAUACCAUGACAUUGCUUCAUCAUCAGCUCACUCAAAUAAGGCAGUAUAUCAAGAGAUGACACUCAUCCUCAACUUGUCAUUAUGGUCUUAUCUAACAGAUAAUCCUAAUCCCCCUGUUAAUCCAAAAUUUGUGGCGCCAGAGGAAAUGUACAGUGACUACGCAUACUUGUCAUGAUUUGUUCGAGUGGUUUAUGAUGAUCGACCAAAUGAAAGUAUUCUCUCAUAUGCAAAUGUAAUCUGGCCCGAAACAAUUAGCUGUGUUGGGUCGCCGGUCACGUUCGUGAGAUCCGCUCGAACACGUGUUUCGUUGUCUGGAGUCCCGCGGACAAUAGACUACAAACGUUGCUGUUUUAGGGGAAGACAUCCUCCUAGGUCGUGAGUGGUGCUGUCGCGUGACCAUUGUACCAUUUGAUCACCAGAGAAGUACAAUAUGCGUAGAUGAAUCCCGCAUUGUCUUAAUGUAAUCUGAUAUAUAGCCCCAAGAAAGGUUUCAAGCGUCGAAUUAAGCAAAUUGAAAUUUAUGACCAUGUGCUCAAUUGAACAGAAGUUGGUCGGAUUAUAGAAUGAGGGUAUGGAGGUCGAAGGGCAAGGGGAUAAAAUGAAUGCUAAAUUUUAUUUAGCCUUAGUUGAAACCCCGGUUAUAUUUUCUGAUACUUCAACCAUGCAAGCAAUGUAUUAAGGGGUCACCUGUGCCGUAUUUUCCGUGCCCUUUUUUCAUCUUGGCAACAUCUGGAAAUGGAUUGACUGGAAAAGAUCGCUAACCCAUAGUUUUAAAUUAGCAUUAAUAACAUAAGAUCAAUGCAGUUUAUAUUUCAUUGGUUAAAGAGAUUCCUUUCUCCAUUGUGGCUUAGGUGUUUUAAGUACGAAAAGAUGCACCUGACGAUCUCCGGAAUCGUUUGGUCAGAUCAAGAAAAAAUACCUUGGAGGAACUGCCAUACCCGGCUGCCAUAAAGGGGGCACUAGGCUCAUCAUCGGGUACUGCCAUGCCUGGCCCCAUAAAACAUGCACUGGACGCAUUAUCGGGAUCACUCUUCAAUAGACCUCCGCGAAAGCAUAUUCACAUGCAUGUCCAUAAUGAGUGAUUUUCACCAAUAUUGCUUAUUAUCUCCUGUAAUAUCAAUACCGUGGUCUAUUCUAUUUCUGUUCUUUUCAACCCCAAAAGACAAAAUUAGUUUAUCCCGCAUAAUUUAUUCCGAUUCACGUUUUACAGUUCUCCCAUUUCUAGUAUUCCAUUCCUUGUCUCGUGACAGUAUUGUAGACAGAACUGUUGAACCUACUGGAUGGCCUGAUGCAUCGUUUAUCUUCUAUUGUAUCGCUUGUCAUCCCUCCAUGAUAAGCAUCGCUUCAGAAGUGUCGCACUAAUCACAUAAAGUUUAUUUUAAUAGUACAUUCCUCUCGAAUCAUAUCAUUUUGAAUCUUACCUUUUUGUAACAAAAAAAAAUAUUUAAUGAGAUUAUUACAGGCAUGACCAUGACAGUACCACAAGUAGAUUAGGAUUUGACGUAGCGUCAGCCAUUUUGCCCAAAGAUCACGUGACCUUGGGUAGGGUGACGCUGUUUUGUGAUGUGUAAGUCAUGCAGCAUGACUUACAAAAUAGUAAUAUUCUUUAGUAUAUUUUCUGUAUCUGAUUGACAUAUGACUACCAUCAUAUCCCUAUGUCUUCAAAAAUAUUUCGAACCAAUCAGUUUCUAUCAAUAGUGAUUGUAUUCUUCUGUGAGGACAAUUUACGUCCUUGACCUUAGUGUUUGUCCUUGACCUCAUUAUCAUAUGUCAUUCAGACGACAGAAGGAGAUAAAUUCCAAAGGAAAUAUUUCUUGCCAUUUUGUGUAUAUAACGAACGAUAUUAAAUUUUUUAACAGAAAUUAGCAUAUGUAUUUUUAUUAUUUUUAAAUUUAGUCCAAUUUUAUUAUUGUGACGGUACUAACGAUAUAGAACUAUUGUUGGUAAACUGCACUGGGGCGAUUCCACACAUGAAGUUCUUGUCAAUUUAAAGGUUAUAUGCCGUUUUACUAAUUUGGCAUUUAUUAGAGUUAGGUCGACACCUUGUUGUUCCAUUUCCACUGUUUACCAAAAUGUUCUUCAGUAAUGUCAUUAAAUUUUGGCGAGGGAAUACAAAAAGUUAUAAAAUGUCAUAAAAAGUUAUAGAAGAUAUCACCUUGAGUAUAUGAAAUCCGCCAAAAUGAAGUAAAAAGAUUUUUUAUUACCCUUUCGUUGCUACACCUUUAAUGACGUCACAGUAUGACUUUGGGGUGUUCGCCACGACAUUUUGCUAACUUUGCUUGUAUUUAUUAGAAUCGUUUGGGUUUUCAUGGGGUGUCAUUGGGGAAGAAUAAAUGGUAGGUUGUACAUAGUAGAUAAUUAGAUUUUUAUUGAGUUCGAUAAGGUGUUACAAUGUAGAUUGAGUUAAUUCAAAUGAUUGUGGUGAACAUCUCAAAAAGAAAUACCAUAGCAAAUAUAGCUGACAUUAAACAGUGGGAGUUCCGUUCUGCACAGCUGAAAACAGAAAUACUCAAUACAUAUGGGUCACUUUUGAUUCCGGAACUACAUUUGUACUUCUUUUCGAGUCGAAAUGAUGAUGCCUACCAAUUUUACUUCGACCUUUGGUGAGUUGGGGAGAAUUUUCUUUAAUUUCUUUACUCAACACGGCUGUGUCGCUCACGAAUUUCAUUCAUGCACUUAAACCGUUAUUUAUUGUUUUGGGCACAGAAACGUUUGCAAAAUGUCUAUUUUGUUGGUUAGAUUCCAAGGGAAUUCCAUCCGUCGAAGACUAUACUUAAAUGGCGAGUUUUUAUUGUGUCCUCGCCUGCAUUUUGUUUCGUACACCAAUGGUGUACAUUAAAUGUGCAAUUAAGGAGUGCAACCAAAUCAUUCAGAUACAAGAGAGAUUUUCCCCCUUCAAUCCUCUUCUGAUUAGCUUGGAUUUCUUAAACCAGUAUUGCUCUUCUUAAUAAGUGGUCUCUACAGUUUCGGAAUGAUUCGGUUGCGCCCCGUUACAUGGUGUUUCGGCCAUGUUGGUAAAUACUUCAUAGUGUGGGCUCGGCAAUGACCUGUAUGGAGACAAAACAUCAUAAAUGUGUGGAUAACGUUGAUAUAAUUAUAAAUACAAAGAAUUUGAAAUAUAA